AGUAAUUUUUCAAAAUCUUUUUUUUCAGUAAGUGGAGGACUUUUGAUAAUGUCUUUUAAAAUAAUAUUCUACUUAGUAGUAUAAAAUAACUUUUAAACUACUAAGAAAAAUCUUUGUGGUGUUUAAGACCCUUGGGUAAAGAAUUAAGUAUCUCUUGUACACCCUGAAAUUUAAAAGUAAGGACGGAAUACGUAAUCAUUAGAAUUAAAAUUGCAGGGAAAUUCUAGCAAUUUCAAGUCGGGGAACUCUGAAAACCUUCCAAGAAUAGAAGAUUUGAGGAUUUGAGGAUUUAGUAUUAGGAGUAAUUGUAUUUCCUUACAAGCUGUCAUUCAUACCCCCCUGUCCAUUGAAGCGGUUUUUUCUAGAAUAAAUAAGAGAAUUUAUUCAUAGGCCUCAGAUUGUUUUGGGAACUUGUUUAGCCUCCCUUUCAAUCUAUAUCACUAAAAAGUUGCCUUGGGCUUAUAAGGGAGCCAGAAAUCUUUUCUACCCACCGUCCCACACUGAUUAAGGGGAAGGAACUUUAUUCUGGUGGAAAGGAGAUGUACUUAAAUUAAUGAGAAUUUAGAGAGAUC